CAUCAGGCUACUCCUGGAAAUUACCAAAAAUGAUUUGGGAAUCCAGGGAACAACGAGGUUCUCCAUCUUUUCUUCCUAAAGAAACAAAGACAUCUGGUGUAUCACUCGGAGGAAGAGGUACAGGAGUAAUAGGAGACGGUCGAAGAGGAAUAGGAGGAGGCGGAGGAGGAGUAGGUCAAGGAGGAGGAAGAGGAGGAGGUCUAGGAAAAGGAGAUGAUGGAUUAGGAAAAGUAAUAAUACUGGGAGCACUGGGUGCGUGGUGUUUAUCGAAAUUUUGGGCCUGGUAUAAAAACAAAGGGGGUAAGAAAGGUGGAGGCGGAGGUGGCGUUGAUGAUAGAAAAAAAAGUGAUAAAGAUGGAAGUAAUAUUAAUGGAGGUGGAAGUGAUGAUGGCUAUAGCGGCACUUGGGACGAAAGAUGGAAACAAAUGAAAAAGAAUGCAAUAUAAAGGCAAUAAUUACUACCUAUUACGUAUCGGGGGUACUGAAGCGCACUGGUACGUCAAAGACAGAGCCCGUCAUGCAGGAUCUAUCCUUAAAAAGUACCGGGAUACACGUCAUUAUCUGGAGUUUGUAGGUUCGAUAAAUGAAGACUUCAAAGAUAUGCCAGGAAAACAUGAGUCUAAUCCAGUGCCAAAAAUAAAAAAGAGUGACAUGAAAAGAAUUAGAUAAUUGAUCAGCUUUGAGUUUUUCAUAAACACACUUAUGCAUGUAUUAGAAUUUCAAGAAAAAGAGAAAACUAUGGAAAUUUUUAAGUCCAAUGUAGCCAUUACAUUUACUGGCUUCAGUAUAAGGGA